AUGGUUCUUAAGCAGGACACGGGGGAAAAGGUGUCUGCUAUUAAGUCGAUUCCGUCAAAGUGGUCGUACACCGCCGGCGGCAACAGCGAUGGCUCCAGCGACUAUGGGCUCAUGAUCUGGCUCGCGGCCCUCGGCGGCGCAGGACCCAUCUCCGCCACCGGCUCUCCCAUCGCGUCGGUCACCGUUGCUGACCACCAGUGGAACCUGUGCCAGAUCAGCAGCUUCGACGGCGAUCUCAAGGCGUUUUAUACGUACCUCGGGUCGAGUCAGGGCUUUAGCUCUAGUCAGUACGUUACCAGUAUUGGGGCCGGCACUGAGCCGUUCGUUGGUACCAACGCGCUCAUGAAGACCAGCGGGCACAGCGUUGCUUUGAACGUCUGA